AUGGCGCCCUCAGUCGCAGAAGUAUUGCCCAGCGCAUCCGAGUUAAAGGGGAAGGCGGAGCAGAAGCUCAGCAAGGCUUAUGACACGGCGCAACAUUCCUCAUACAAAUACGCCAGCUAUCUGCCCGUGUACGACGAAUCAACGACAUUCCCACCGACAGAGCCCUUCGAGUUCGUCGACCGGGGCCUCCUCGCGGACAAAGCCAAGCCUCACCUCCUCGGGCUCAAGGACCCGCACGUAGUCGUGACCAAGCUGACGCCCCGCGUCGGCACGGAGAUAUCCGGCCUGCAGCUCUCGGAGCUGACGGACGAGCAGAAGAACGAGCUGGCCCUGCUGGUCGCCGAGCGGGGCGUCGUCGUGUUCCGCGGCCAGAACUUCAAGGACAUCGGGGUCCAGAAGCAGAAGGAGUUCGGCCAGUACUUUGGGCGUCUGCAUGUUCAUCCCGUCGGAGCUCAUGUCGACGGCGCCAUCGAGUUCCACAAUAUUUAUCUCGGUCCGGAUAACCUGUACAGAGCGCAGCGCCGUCUCGAGCGCUUGACGACUACCGGGUACCACUCGGACGUAUCAUAUGAGCACCAGCCCCCUGGGAUCACGCUUCUCACUUUACUCGCGGUUCCUGCUACGGGAGGUGAUACCGCGUGGACGUCUCAGGUCGCGGCUUACGAGAGGCUUUCGGAGCCGAUCAAGACACUGCUAGAGGGAUUACGAGCUGAGCACAGCGGGUUCCCCCAGGCUGAAGGCGCUCGUCGGGAUGGAAAGUUUGUCCGUCGCGAACCUGUCAAAUCGGACCACCCUAUCGUGAGGGUGCACCCAGUCACUGGACAGAAAGCGCUUUUCGUGAACCCGGGAUUCACGAAGAAGAUCAUAGGAUUGAAGGCAGAGGAGUCCGAUGCCAUUCUGCAAUUGCUCUUCAAGCAUAUCUCCCAGAGUGCGGACAUCCAAGUUCGCGUGAAGUGGGACGAUCAGACCGUGUCGCUCUGGGACAACAGAGUUACAGCGCACACUGCUAUCUCCGACUACGAUGUACAUAACGAGGAGGAAGGCCUGCGUCAUGGAUUCCGCAUUACUACCCUCGCAGAACGCCCGGUGGGGGUCAACGGGCUAGAGACAGUUUGGUAA